AAAAAUGUAUUGUUCUACUCAAAUUGGAAAGUGUCUAGUUGAAGAGCCUGAUGUUAAAAAUAGAUUACUUUAUAAAACCUUGGAAUUAGAAUUAUAAUGUAUAAAAAAUUAAUAGAUUUUUAGUGGAGGGAGGAUUAAAAGUUGUAAAAAAUACAUUUCAAAAUGAUCCAAAAUAUGAAAUAAAUAAUUUUGACUUAAGAAAGAGGUUUGAUUUGAUACCUUUAGAUAUAAGUAAGUCAAAAAAUUAUUUGACAUAAAAGUUAUAACAAUAACAAGAAGAAUCACGAAAUUUAAGAUCUCUAAAUUUUACUUAAUAGUUAAAAAAAUAUGAGGAAAUAAAAGAUCAUGCUCAUAAUGGUUUAUUAAGUUCUUUAAUACAUGAAUCUAGAAAAAGAGAUAUAGAGAAAUAAGAAUAAUUAUAAAUAAAAGAUGACUAAGAAAAUUAUAUGAAAUUAAUGGUAUGUAUAACAAUGUUUCGUGAACCAUUAACAUAAUUAUAAAAAUCAAUAGAUGGGGUUGUAUAAUCUUUAGAUGCUUUUAUGAAGUAUGGGAUAGCUCCUCAUUAGAUUGGAGUUUGUGUAUUUUUUGAUGGAAUAGAAAAUAUACAUAAUGUAAUAGAUGAGAAUGGAGCAUCUUAUCAUGAAAAUAUAAUACGUAAUAAUUAAUUAUAAAUAUUAAGCUUAUUUUAAAAGUCAUUUAGAUGAGGAAUAUGGUAUAAAAGAUAAGAAAACUCUUGAUCAUUAAUAUUGGGAAUACAAGAAACAUAAGAAAUUCUUUUUGGAUUAUAAUCCUAAGAAUAUAUUAAAUUUGAAGAGGAAUCAAUAAUUAUUGUUAAAGAAAUAUAAAAAGUAUAAGGAUUAAUUACUUCCAAUAAUGAAAUCAUUGAAAGGAGAUAGAUGGAUGCCACAAGAUGAAUGGGUUGAAAACAAUAUAAUAUAGGCAAUGAUUAGAUAAUAUGAUUUAUCAUCAUAAUAUAUAAAAGAUAGAGAAAAUACAGCAUGGGUAUAUUAAGGUAGACAUGUUCAUAAAGAAUGUACAAUGCCUAUAUUUUAUGUAUUCAAAUUUAAGAAUGGUUCUAAGCUUUCAUCACAUUUAUGGUUUUUUAAGGGUUUUUGUGAAGAAUUGAAACCAGAAUAUUGUUUAUUGAUGGAUUGUGGAGCUAUUCCAGCAAAAGAUAGUAUUUUUAAGUUAAUAAGUUCAAUGGAGGCAGAUCUAAAAAUAGGAGGAGUAUGUGGUAAUAUGAGAAUAGAAGAAGAAAUAGGAAACAAUGAUUCACUACAUACUGAAUCUAUGGACAUUCUAAGUAAAAUAUUAAAUCAACAUAUAUUCUCUAUUAAAAAGUGUUAAUAAUGUGAAUAUGAUAUUGGUCACAUUUUAGAUAAAAAUUAUGAAUCUGCUUUAAAUUAUAUACAUGUAUUACCUGGAGCAUUUUCUGCAUAUAGAUUUAAAGCAUUCACUUAACAUUAUCAGAAAAGAUCCAAAAAGUUUGAAAUGAUUAGAUAAGUACUUAGAGGAGGUUUACAAUAAAACACUGCUGAUAAUUAAUAAGAAAACAAUAAUGAUGCAGAAGAUUAAGCAAUAUCAGUUUAAAAUGAACAAGAAAGAUAUAACAUUCUCAACUUUUAUUUGAGGUAAGUGAUGGAUUCAAAUUAUGAAUACAGUAGUAUUACUGAAGCUAAUAUGUUCUUAGCUGAAGAUAGAGUUUUAUGUUUACUUCUUUUUUGUUAAGAUUUUUAUUUAAAGUAUAUUCCAGAUGCUAUAGUUUAUGUAGAUGCUUGUUAGAGUCUUAUUGAUUUACUAUUUUAAAGAAGGAGAUGGAUUAAUGGAAGUUGGUUUGCACUUAAUUAUGUUUAAGAUACUUAUCAGGAAAAAUUAGAAAAUAGUUCUCAUUCUUGGGAAGCUAAAUAACUUUUCAAGUUUAGUAUCAUAUGUGCAGGUUUAAAUCAACUUUAAUAAUACUUUUUCUAAUCAUUCUAAAUAGUUUGGUUGUACAUGAUUUUAAGAGAAGUGGUAGGUUCAAAUAAAGAAACUGAUACUGAUACUUACUAUGAUGUAUAAAAUUAAAUUAGUCCUCCAAUUAAUGAUGAUGCUUCUGAUCAUGUAUAAGAAUCAGUUAACAAUAUUUUUGUAUCUGCUAUCUUAGCCUUAUACAUUUUUUUAGUUUUGAUGCUUAUAUAUUUAUCUUUAACAUAUGACUAACAAAUUUUAAAUAACAUUAAUGGGACUAGUGAAAAUUCGAAAAAGAAUUUACAAUAAAAAAUUAGAAGCUAUUACUUUUCUAAAUAUUAUUUUGUAUCUACUCUAUUAGGAUUGAUAAGUUUAGCAACUGUAACCUAUACUAUUUAUUUGUUGAUUAAUUCAAUAAUUUUGGAACUGAAAUUUACUGACUUUAUUGAAAAACCAAAUGCACCUUAGUCUUAUUACUCUUUAUUAAUUGUCAUUGGUUUUGGUACACUUGCACUUCCAUUUUUAUUUACUCUCAUUACCUAACCUUCAGUUAUUAUAAGUGUUCUUAUGAAUGCUAUUCAUUAUUUCUACUAUCAGCCUACUUAUACUCAUUUAUUCAUCACAUAUGCCUUUUGUAGAAUAGAUGAUUUGUCUUGGGGAACAAAAGGAUUAACUGAAGAUAAAAGUUAAAGCAAAGUAUUUACUGAUAAAAUAUACAAAAAAUACUUAUUUGUAAUUAAAUGGAUUGUACUAAAUUGUAUAGCCUCUGGAAUUUUAAUACUUCUUUUAAGAAUGAAUAUUUCACGUCUCCCUUAAUUUUUAAUCUUAUUCAUUUCAGUAAUUUUAACACUAAUCAGUUUAUUAAAAGGUUUUCUAGCCAUUAUUCAUCUUAUCUAAUUUUACAUGCCUACAGGUACAAAAUCAAGAAGAGAUAAGUAUAUUAUCAUAUUCAUAUUUAGAAUAAUAAAUACCACAAAUAAAAUGGAAGAUACUUUAAAGAGAGGCAAAGACUUUAACAAAAAUUUAUAAGAAUUCUUCAUGGCAAAAAAGUCUUUAUGAAUUAUUAUUAUUUCAAACCUAAUAUUUUAUUUUAGACAUCGC